ACAAAAAGAAGUUCUAGCAAGCUUGGAGGCAGGUUUGGGUUUAGCUAAGGAUAAUAAAUUCGUAAUUAGAAACGGCUGAAAGUUACCUGAAAUCCUUACGCGCCCAUAUAAGGUUCCUAGCCUAUUACAAAUUACCCCCGAUAAACAAUUUCGAAAGAGAGAGAAUUUAUUGUCCGGUGAAACUUUACAGAGAAAAAAACAGAAAUUCUAGAGAGAGAAACAGAAAGCUUCCAUUUUUAGGGUUUAAUCAAUCAUGGCUGAACACGAAGCAUCUAAGCCUGAAUCCUUGAUUGAAAAGAUCUCUGAGAAAAUUCAUGAUCACCAUUCCUCAUCUUCUGAUUCCGAUGAUGAUAAAUCCGCACCUUCUUCGUUGAAAUCUAAGAUUUAUCGUCUAUUUGGAAGAGAUAAGCCUGUUCACAAGGUUCUCGGUGGCGGUAAACCUGCGGAUAUUCUUUUGUGGAGAGACAAGAAAAUUUCUGCUGUGAUUCUUGGUACUGUCACUGCUGUAUGGGCUUUGUUUGAAGUAUUUGAGUACCAUUUGCUCACUCUGAUUUGCCAUCUUUUGAUACUUACUAUUACCGUUCUGUUCUUGUGGUCGAAUGCCUCGGGCUUCAUCAACAAGGCUCCCCCCAAAAUUCCUGAUGUACACAUUCCUGAGGGCCCAGUCCUAGAAGUUGCAUCAGCUUUGAGAUGUGAAAUCAAUCGCGGACUUGCCUCUGUUCGUGAGAUUGCGUCAGGAAAAGACUUGAAAAAAUUUCUCGCUGUUAUUGCCGGUUUGUGGUUCUUUUCAAUCUUGGGAAGUUGCUGCAACUUCUUGACAUUGUUCUACAUAAGCUUUGUUCUGCUUCACACCUUGCCUGUACUGUAUGAGAAAUACGAGGAUCAAGUAGAUGCAUUCGCUGAGAAGGCCAUGAUUGAGAUUAAGAAACAGUAUGCCGUCUUUGACGCGAAAGUAUUGAGCAAAAUCCCUAGGGGUCCAUUGAAAGACAAGAAGAUGGCUUAAUGUGAUAUGGUGCCUACUGGUACAUGGUGGUUUCGGCCUUUCGGUGGCCAGAUACAUAAGGUAGGCGUGUUUUGUCCAGUGAUUAUGUUAUUACUUGGGUAGGUUUGCCUUCUUCUGGAUUUUGUAUGUGUUUUGGAUUUACUAUGUGCAGAAAUAUGAUAUUUAAUACUAGACAAUUGACAUGAGAACAGAAGUUUUCAUCUGCUCUUACUAAGAUCAUAUGAUAUUGUUAUUUUGCAAGAUA